GCGCAGCAGGAAACUCACUCCGCUGUAGUUUCUCAGUUAUUUCUGCAGCCCAACAUGUUCCUGCUGCCGGACAUAAAAGCAGAGCAGCGGACUGAACUUCAUCCUCUAACCAGGAACCUGCCCGGCUGUCCGGAUGGCUGUGGCCGUGCUGGUGGACCUGAUCCACGGCUGCUGUCCGGAGCGCACCGGCACGUCUCUGCUGGAGGAACCCGACCCGCAUGUGUUCCUGCUGUGCGGGAAACUUCACCGCAACAAGUCCGGUUUUCUGAGCAGAAACGUUCAGGUUCUGGACUCGGACUCCACCGCGGAGUGCCUGUUCCGGUUUAAACGGACCCUGGACCGGCUGGACCUGAGCUCGGUUCGGGUUCUGACCACCGCUCGGGGCCGAGAGGUGCUGCUCCGGUACCAGGAGCUGCUGUUCACCGCCGUCUACACCUUUGAGUACCAGCUGAGGCCCGAGCAUAGCCUCACCUGUACCGGCUGCGGAGGGUCCGCCCACCCGGUCUCACCUGCAGCCAGAGUCCGUGAAGAAGUGUCCGGGUUCCUGCAGCAGCUGCCGGCGGUGGAGGGAGUCACGGUGCUCAGGUCCACUCUGAUCCCAGACUGCUUCGGUCACGGCUUCAGCACUCGUACCGGCGGCAUCUCCUACAUCCAGACUCUGUCCUCCAUGAAUCUGUUCAGCAGCAGCCGGAGGAGGGACCCCGUCGCCGUGGUGAUGGAGAACCGACGCCGACUGGGCCUCACCGCCGGUUUCCACCCUCGACCGCUCCGUCUGGUCAAGGUGAACCACGCCAGUGACGUCUGGGUUUUGGGGAAAGCUGAGCCGGAGAGCUACGAUUCCAUGGUGACCAAUCAGACCGGGGUCGUCUUGGCGGCUCCGGGGGCCGACUGCAUGCCGAUCCUGUUCGCUGACCCGGUUCAGAAGGUCAUCGGAGCUGCUCACGCAGGUUGGAAAGGGACCCUGAUGGGGGUUGCCAUGGCGACUGUGGAUGCCAUGGUGACAGGAUUCGGUUGCCGGUUGAGCGACAUCGUGGUGGCGGUGGGACCGUCGGUGGGAGUUUGUUGCUUCACUCUGGAGAGGCAGCAGGCAGUGGACUUCAGCAGCAUCCAUCCAGACUGUGUUCCUGAUCCAGAGUCUGACAAACCGCACGUGGACAUCCGCCUCGCCAACAGAGUUCUCCUGCAGAAAGGCGGCGUUCUACCUGAGAACAUCCACGACAACACAAUGUCGGACCGUCCCAGCGUGACUCCUUGUACAUCCUGUCACCCCGAGAACUUCUUCUCCCACGUCAGAGACGGGCUAAACUUCGGCACUCAGGUGGGCUUCCUGUGGAUCAAAGAAACAGAACCAGAACCUGGACCUCCAGCCGGCCGACGGGACGGAUGUUAGCUGGACUUUGGUGCUUCGGUUUAGACAAUUUUAGAAACAAUCACUUCUUUUUUUCUCUUGAAUUGAAGCAGAGACACUGUGAUUACACAAUGAUACCAGCAGGCGUCAGUCAUGAUGCAGCCGAGCUGAGAAAGAUAAGAACCAUGGAUGGGACACUGACACAACUGCUUUUCUCGAUGAAACACCUGCAAGAUGUGGUUCUAAAUCCUCAAAGAUUCUUUGGUAGAACAAUACAGUUAUGUUCUUAGAAGUUCAGACUUCCCUACCUCAGUGCACCAGCGCUGGUUAGAAGCUACCAGUUGUUGGAAGACACAUCCAGCAUGGUGAAACAUCAUCCUAGAGUUGAUGUUCAGAGUAGAGUGAAAAACACCAAGUUUGUAGAGGUCGUACAAAUGUAAAUGUUAAAUAUCUGGAAGGUUUGGAACUUCAUUUUUCUCUCUAGUUUUCGUAAAACCUGUAGGCUCUUCAGACAAAUUGAAGAAAUUCAACUUUAGUUUUUGUCUUUUUCAGGAUUUGUGGUCUCGUGACUUUGUAAAACUGCACAAAAGACACAUUAGUUCUCUCUGCCUCGAGCCAUGAUUGUUCUGUUACCAUAGAGGUGCAGGACUUUAUACUGCAGCAACAAUGUGAUAAGAACACGAAAAAAACUGCCCAGAAACUGAUUGGUUAGCCGAGCUGAGAAAGAUAAGAACCAUGGGUGGUCCACGAGCUCAGCUGCUUUUCCUGAUAAAACACCUGCAAGAUUUGGUCUUAAAUCCCCAAAGAUUCUGUAGUACAGAAAUACAUUUAUGUUAACGGAUCAGAACUUCCCUACCUCAGCCCAACAGCGCUGGUUAGAAGCUACCAGUUGUUGGAAGACACAUCCAGCAUGGUGAAACAUCGUUGUAGACUUGAUGCGCAGAGUAGAGUGAAAAACACCAAGUUUGUUUAGGUCGGACAAAUGUAAAUGUUAAAUAUCUGGAUUAUUUGGAGCUUAUUUUUAUCCGUAGUUUUGGCAUAACCUAUGGACUCUUAGAAAAAUGUUGGACAAAUUGAUUCCAAAAUCCCAAAUCGGCAAAAUUCAACUUUUAGUUUUUGUCUUUUUUAGGAUUUGUGGCAGCGUAAGUUUGUAAACUUGAACAAAAGACGUAUUUUCGUUUUCUCUGCUUCUAGCCAUGAUUGUUCUGUUUCCAUAGAAGUGCAGGACUUUAUAUUGCAGUGAAAAAUGUGACAGCAGCGGAAAAAAAAAAAAACUGCCCAGAAACUGCUUGGGCAGCUGAGAACCAUGGGUGGUCCACUAACUCAGCUGCUUUUCUUGAUAAAACACCUGCAAGAUUUGGUUCUAAAUCCUUAAAAGAUUCUAACUUCCCUACCUCAGCUCACCAGCACUUUCUAAAAUCUAGGAGUUGUUGGAAGAUUCGUCCAGCAUGGUGAAACGUCUGUCUAGAGUAGUAGAGUGGGAAACACCAAGCUUGUAAAUGUUAGCAGAGUUUGGAGUCUCCUUUAUUGUGUCUAUUAUUGAUGACUUAAAAAUGUUGUACAUCCUAAACCCAAGUUUGUUAGAUUUUUGUAAAUCAAAUAAUCAGAGAAAUUGUACAUUUUAGUUUUUUUUAAGAUUUAAUACAUUAUAGCUGUAAAAAAUAGCAAAAAAAGUCUGAUCUGAAAUGCAAACAUCGUCUUUUUAGUCUUCUGUGACGAUAAAAUUUUAGUUUUUUUAAACUGCUGCUUGAAUGAAACAACACACACACACUGAUUCCUUUCAAAAAAUAAAAAUCAAAGAAAUUCA